AUGCUCUGUGCCUUUUCUCACUCAUUUCUGCUCCCAUUGACUGUUCAGACUGUACAUGCUGUCGACGCCGCCCCACUCUUUGCAAACCUUGCAAUUCGCCCAUUGGGACGGGGUGUGGUAGCAGCUCCCUCGACUUACCUGUCAGCCGCCUUGUCUUCAAGUAUGGGAAGUUCCAGUCCUCCCGCGUCCCCGCGCUCCCACCCCUCGUCGUCGUCCUCGGUCGCUGCGGACCUGUCUUCCCACCCUUUUCCUUCCCAGACUGCGUGUGCUACACCGUUACCGGAUAGCCGUCCCGCAUGGCCCGAGAACUGCCACGACAAGGAGCGAGGGAGGCAGGAUGGGAGUGAAGGACCGGGAAAGCGUCCGGUGCCCGCCGGGGUACGGACUCUGCCCCUGUCGACGGCUAUCCUCUGCCUGCUUGCCAUCCUAGUACAACGGCUCUUCGUGGGGACUGGCACAUGCGCGGGUGUGGCGUGGCGGCAG